GCGAUUUUCGCCGACUCUGGAUUCGUCCCCGGCGUGCGCAAGAAUGGCGGCCCUUCCCGGCACUGUACCGAGGAUGAUGCGGCCGGCUCCCGGGCAGAACUAUCCCCGCACGGGAUUUCCUCUGGAAGUGUCCACCCCACUUGGCCAAGGCCGGGUCAAUCAGCUUGGUGGGGUCUUCAUCAACGGGCGACCCCUUCCUAACCACAUCCGCCACAAGAUAGUAGAGAUGGCCCACCAUGGCAUCCGGCCCUGUGUCAUCUCCCGCCAGCUGCGUGUCUCCCAUGGCUGCGUCUCCAAGAUUCUCUGUCGCUACCAGGAGACCGGGUCCAUCCGGCCUGGGGCCAUUGGCGGCAGCAAACCCAGACAGGUGGCGACUCCGGAUGUGGAGAAAAAGAUAGAGGAGUACAAGAGGGAAAACCCAGGCAUGUUCAGCUGGGAGAUCCGAGACCGGCUGCUGAAGGACGGGCACUGUGACCGCAGCACCGUGCCCUCAGGUUUAGUGAGUUCGAUUAGCCGCGUGCUCAGAAUCAAGUUCGGGAAGAAGGAGGAGGAAGACGAAGCGGACAAGAAGGAGGACGACGGCGAGAAGAAAGCCAAGCACAGCAUCGACGGCAUCUUGGGCGACAAAGGCAACCGUCUGGAUGAGGGCUCGGACGUGGAGUCAGAACCCGACCUCCCUCUGAAACGUAAGCAGCGCCGCAGUCGGACCACGUUCACAGCCGAGCAGCUGGAGGAGCUGGAGAAGGCCUUCGAGAGGACUCACUACCCGGACAUCUACACCCGGGAGGAGCUGGCGCAGAGAACCAAGCUGACGGAGGCACGCGUGCAGGUCUGGUUCAGUAACCGCCGUGCCCGCUGGCGUAAACAGGCAGGAGCCAACCAGCUGGCAGCAUUCAACCACCUUCUGCCAGGCGGCUUCCCGCCCACCGGCAUGCCCACGCUGCCCCCCUACCAGCUGCCAGACUCCACCUACCCCACCACCACCAUCUCCCAAGAUGGGGGCAGCACUGUGCACCGGCCCCAGCCCCUCCCGCCGUCCACCAUGCACCAGGGGGGCCUGGCUGCGGCCGCUGCAGCCGCAGACACCAGCUCUGCUUACGGAGCUCGCCACAGCUUCACCAGCUACUCCGAGAGCUUCAUGAACCCGGCAGCGCCCUCCAACCACAUGAACCCUGUCAGCAAUGGCCUGUCUCCUCAGGUGAUGAGCAUUCUGAGCAACCCCAGCGCAGUGCCACCGCAGCCCCAGGCCGACUUCUCCAUCUCUCCGCUGCACGGCGGCCUGGACUCUGCCACCUCCAUCUCGGCCAGCUGCAGCCAGCGGGCCGACUCCAUCAAGCCGGGAGACAGCCUGCCCACCUCCCAGUCCUACUGCCCGCCCACCUACAGCACCCCCGGCUACAGCGUGGACCCCGUGGCUGGCUACCAGUACGGCCAGUAUGGCCAGACUGCUGUUGAUUACCUGGCCAAAAACGUGAGCCUCUCCACGCAGCGUCGCAUGAAGCUUGGGGAGCAUUCGGCUGUGCUGGGACUCCUGCCUGUGGAAACUGGCCAGGCCUACUAGGGCCCCUGGGGCGACUUGCCCCAGCCCAAGUCCCGGCCUAACCCUUACUGAUCCCUGAGCCUCCCAGCCUCAGUCCCUUCAUUGCCCUGGGGUCCCAGGAGGCCAGGAAAGGAGCCCAUUCCCUUCUCAUGGCCAGCGCUCUGGAGACGAACAGCCCAUCCACCAUUUGCCUGUGAUUAGGGACCUGGAGUGGCCCCCUUGGAGUCUGCCCCCUCACUGUCCCCCCAGGAGGGUCUCUGGUCAGCCUGCAGUCUUCCCCCGGCCGAAUCCUGUCGUGGCCUCUGUGCCAUUUCAGACACAGAGAUCACAGCUCACCCUGAAUAGAGUACCUUGAGCGCCCAAAGGAGGAUGGUGUCUGGGAUGACGUCCUGGAGCCCUUUGGCCCCAACUCCAGUUGGUCCCCUGGCCAGAGGAGGAGGUGGAGCUCACAGGGCCGCUCUGGGAGUGCUGGGAGCCGGCCCUCCCGGGUGGGUGUCCGGCUCAGGGCCAGAACCGCGGCCAUUCCUCCUCUGAACACUGGGACUUUAGCAGAAGGGGGGACCCUAGCCCUGAGGCAUUCCCAGGGAAUCACCUAGGAAUUCUGAGGACUUCAGGAGCCUCUCCACACACCUCUGCUGGGUGGAGGGGGGAAUCCAGCCCAGGCAGGGGGACUGGGACC